AUGGCAUUGGAGUGCAAUUCUUUAUCAAUGGUGGACCGCAAAGAUAUGGGUUCCCCUCGUAUACUUCCUGUCAACAUGUUGCAGGAGAUAUCUAAACUUUCAAUAUCUGUCAACCUUGAUAAUACUAGGUUUCCUUCUCCGGCCAUCUUCUCCGGCCACCUCUCCGGCCAUCUCUCCGGCCAGUCCUUUCUUCUUCCCUCUUUUCUUACACCUUUUCCUUUCUUCCCUCAUUCUAUAAAUACCAAAAUCCCUCUGCUUCGACUGACCCGUACGGCUACCACCGCCACCCCUUUGACCCCACUCGCCCCGCCCGACAUACGGCCUCUCCUGCCUCGGCCCUUCCUGCCCACGCACCUCCCUGACCCCUCGCCCGGCCCUUCGGCCUCGCCUCCACCCACUUGCAGACUCACGGCCCGCCCCACUCCCUCUGACCUCGCGCCCACCCCAGACUCCGCCCUGACCCUCUCACUCCGCACCUCAGACCCGCCCGGCCCUCGAACCCUCCCUGACCCGCCCGCCCGUCCAACCACCCGCUUGACACUGCCUGCCACCCGCCGCAGGACCCCGGCCAACUCCGGCCCGGCCCCGACCAGAAACCUCCGCCGCCCAGCCCCACCUACCCGGCCUCACACCAGACCCGCCUGGCCCGGCCCCCUCGGCCCCACGUCCCUCGGCCCGGCCGCACCUCGUGGCCCGAGCCUCAGCCCGUCGCCCGGCCCCACUGCUGUCGCCGGAAAAAUCAAAAUCAUCUCACCAGCCCUCCAUUUUCCAUUUCCUUGA